AUGGCACCGACUGCGUGUGUGUCGCCUACUCAUGUACGCACCCUCAAAAACGACUUGAAUAGUCGUGACCUCGGUCAAAUCAGCAAACAUGGGGGCGAAUUGUUGCAAUCGGGGUUGACUGCGAAGGAAUUGGUGUUGGAUGUGUUGAAGAAGCGUGCCGCUGAGGUCGAUACCGACCGCUGCGAGCCGGGAGAGGAGGAUGCGUUUUAUGUGGCGGAUAUGGGGGAGGUCUACCGCCAGCACAUGCGCUGGAAGAUGAACUUGGGCCGUGUCAAGCCCUUCUAUGCUGUCAAGUGUAACCCGGACCCGGAGGUCCUGCGUCUCAUGGCCCAGCUCGGCAAUGGCUUCGACUGUGCGUCCAAGUCGGAGAUUGAUCUGGCUCUGCAGACCGGCAUUGAUCCCAGUCGGAUCAUCUAUGCGCAGCCCUGCAAGACUAAGUCCUACCUGCGCUACGCUUCGCAGGUUGGCGUCAAGCAGAUGACUUUCGACAACGCCGACGAGCUGUACAAGAUUAAGGCCCACUUCCCGGCUGCUGAGCUGUACUUGCGCAUCCUGACGGACGACUCAACCAGCCUGUGCCGGCUGAGCAUGAAGUUCGGUGCCUCCCUGGACGUGGCUCGGCAGUUGCUGGAACUCGCUCACCAGCUCGAGCUCAAGGUCGUCGGCGUGAGCUUCCACGUCGGGUCCGGUGCCGAGGACCCGCGCGCCUUCCUCAAGGCUGUCCAAGAUGCCCGUCUGGUGUUCGAUCAAGCGGCCGAGAUCGGCCACGAGCUGCAUACGCUCGACGUUGGCGGUGGUUUCUGCCAGGACACCUUCGAGAAAUUCUCGGGCAUCCUGAGCAACGCGCUGGAGUCCUACUUCCCGCCGCACAUCCGCAUCAUCGCCGAGCCCGGCCGAUACUACGUCGCCAGCGCCUUCACGCUCGCGGCCAACGUCAUCGCCCGUCGCGACGUGCCGGACCCGCUGGAUCCCUCGCGGGACGCGUACAUGCUCUACCUGAAUGACGGCGUGUAUGGCAAUUUCUCCAACAUCAUCUUCGACCACCAGCAUCCGGUCGCCAAGGUGCUGCUGUCUGCGGCUGAAGACUCGCAACCCGGCACGCCCAACUCGGCCGCUUCGGAGAACAACUCGUACUCGAUCUGGGGCCCCACCUGCGACGGCAUCGAUGUGAUUACCCAGCGCAUCGAUCUGCCGGGGCUCCUGAACACGGGGGACUGGCUGUACUUUGAGGAGAUGGGCGCAUACACCAAGUGCAGCGCCACUCGCUUCAAUGGCUUCUCGGAUAACCACGAGGUGAUCUACAUCUCCAGCGAGAGUGGUGCUUCGGCUCUGCUGAACUACUAG